AUGGCCAUCCUCAUCAUUGCCAAACGCCUCUGGCAGGGACUCACUAGCAGCAUCUUCAAUGGGCUGAUGCUCGUUGUACUCCUCGUAUGGGACGUCCUACUCACGCUGUACAAUCACGUCGUCCCGAACCGUUCCAUAGGGCGCGUCGUAAAGGAGGGCCUCCCAGGUUUCGGCGGCAAGUGGCCCGAGUACACCCCGCCUCAGGAAAGCGAUAGCCGCUGCUCGUGCCCAGCCCUGAAUGCCUUGGCUAACCACGGCAUCCUUCCGCGCGACGGGCGCAACAUCAAGUUCACCGAGCUCGGCCGUGUCAUACAAGAGGUAUACAACUUCGCACCGACGUUUGGCGUGAUCGGGCCGAAGCAGGCCGCGAACUUCCUCGGGCGCGACUACUGGACGGACCGCUUCGACCUCCGGGACCUGGACGCGCACAACUGCAUUGAGCACGACGCGUCUGUCACCCGACCGGAUGCAUUCCUGGAGAAGGACCAGGGCAAGAUCCCACAGGAGCUCGUCGAGGAGGUCCUGACGUGCGGCACGGGACCUGGGGGGAAACUUACGGAGCCGGACCUCUCUCGUCUCAUGGGAAAACGGCGCGUCGAGGCAAAGCGCGCUAACCCCGAGUACAGCCUUUCGCUGUUCCACAAGCUGUUCGGGAGCUGGAACUGCUCGACGUUGCUUCGGAUCUUCGGUGGGGACAUCGCAGACCUGCGCGUUGUCCUUGGCGAGGAGCGCUUGCCUGAGGGUUGGGAGCCGCGCUUCCGCCGUCGUAUGGGGCUCACCAUCCUCGAGUUCAACUUCACGGUGCUUCCGGUGGAGCUCAGCGUCAAGGAGGAAGCGGAUGGGUCUAUUGCCGCGGCUGGAAGAGAGCGAUACGGCGGCAGCAGCGAUGUGCAGGCCAAGAAGAACGCGUAA